AUGGCCCGCUACAGGCUGAGGCUUCUUAAAGGCCUCGAGAACCCGCGGCAAGCCCAGCAACACGCAAGUAAAGACAAGAUGCAGCAUAUUAUCCCUCGUCAACCCCCUGCGACGAAAUCGAUCCCCCAGGAGAACCAGGGUGAUGGCCAGAAAAACAGGCUGCAGGCGAUGAACCGCCGACACGGAGGCGGACCCGACGGUGAGUACAUCCAGCAGCGCCUAGACACCCCGUUCAACGUCAGCAAUGCGUCCGGGGAGGGUGUUUUACGCCGUCUCCUUACUUACCGGGAGCCAGCAGCAGGAGCCGUGGAGAAGGGCUGA